GCGAGCCAAACAAAGCGUAUGCGGUGUUUGACCGUCUAGCAUUUUUAAUGGCGAGAAGGAUGACAGCCGAAAGAGAGACACGUCUGCCGCAAACAAUUCAUUAAAAUAAUCGCUGAACUGGUAUUCAAGCUGCGACGCGGGACGACGAUAAAUACAAGGACGAGUUUAACCAGCAGUGGAGAACCGAGCGUCGACAUCUGCGCAUGAUGCAUUGCAGCACUUUUGAGAAAAUGGGUGUUUUUAGCCUCAUUUUGAGAAUAGAGUAUCUGAUCCGAGAUGUCGGUUGGGUUCUUUAGCUACCGUAUCAUUUAACUGUGCUGGACUCAAAAUAACAUCCCCCCUGGCGACCUGCAACAUGGGGCCCAUCAUGCAGGAACGCACAGCAUCCACGACACUGAAACGCGUCGUCUCCAAAGAGAAGAUUCGGGUGAAAAAUACUGAAAAUAGCGGCCCAGUAACCAGUUCAAAGAAAGGUAACAAGAUGAAGAAAGCAGUGAGCCAAAUGAAAAAUGGCCUCCCAGGACCAGAUCAGGAUAAGGACACAGUGACAGCAGUGCAGAAGGGUGCACAGUCAAAAGGUGGUAGGGUCAAAUCUGGCAGCGCACGGAAUACAAGCAAACUCUCCAGCCCCGAAGAAGAAGGAGAUUUGAGACCUCAAAUCCGCAAACACUCCUCCGUGCACAGGAAAGAGGAAAAACGAGAAAACCAACGGAUGUCACAAUGCGGCAGCGAGCUACAGCCGAAUCGUGGGGGGAUGGGGAAAAAUCGGCGAGCCCUCUCCCUGCCUCUCUCCCCAAUAUCAGGGCUACGCCACAUGCCAGCACACCCCCUAAUGCACUCCCCAGCCCCCACCCCAGAGGCACUACAACAGCACUACAACCAGAAGGAUGAUGACACUGACAGUGCCAGUGACCUGUCAGACUCAGAGAGGCUGCCUGUGCUGCCCUCUCCCUGUACCCCCUGUACCCCUCCUCACCUCAACCUCCGAGCCGAGGUCAUCAACACCAAUGACUUUCCGCCGGACUUCCCAGGACCCCGUGGGACUGUGGGUGAUGAAGAUGAGAGUGAAAAACCCAGCUACAGUUACCAAGACUUUCUGCCUCCUCCCUUCAACAGCUGGAGCCUCAGGCAGCUGGCAGUGUUUCUUCAUACAGAGGGACGUGGUGCCCCCCGGCCCAAGCCUGUAGGGCCCUUAGAGAAGUACCUGGAGAGGCUUCUGCAGCUGGAGUGGCUCCAGAUCCAAACAGUGCAAGCAGAGAGCAGCCGUCCACCAGGGACUCGCUCAAGGCCACAGGGCUUCCCUUCUGCUACCACAGCUCACCCACCCAGGCCUCACACAGCUCCACCGUCCCGACUCAACUCCCCUAAAGGGCUGCGGCACAGCCAGCGAGCCUUCCCAUUUGCACCUGUCAACAACCCCCCAUCACCUGCCUCAACUCAGCACCAGCUCUCCCGCUUCCCAGUUUGCCCUCACUGUCACAUUCGCUACCCGAUGUGCAAUGGAAGCUGCUCUGCUUAUGCCUAUCAGCGCCACUCACGGCUUAGCCCACUGCUUGAGCGCAGAGCCAGACCUGGGGCGCCAGCGAAGCGGAGCAGCAGCGAGACUCGAGCACCAUCCACGGAAGGCAGGAGCCCAGGAGGACAAGGAGGGGGUGGAGGAGGAGCCCAGACCCCAGUUAGCCCCUCAGCUGGAAGGAGUCAUUUCAGGCACAUGCAGGCUGCAGGCAAUGCCCGAAAGCAACCCCAGGAAUCUGGAACUAAUCCAAACUGUAGAGGCCAGGUGAGGAAAAGCCGGGUCAGAGCUAACUCUGAGACAGAUGUUAAAAAGGAGCCUGGUGGCAUCAAAGCAGCCAGUGCAGAGAAACGUGUUUUUGCUGCAAGUAAGAGGGAGGUCAUCACCUCCAAGAGAGUGGAAAAGGACUGGCAGAGGACAGAGGCAGGAGGUCAGGCUUCUAAAACUGCCAUGAAAAGAGCUGCUAAAGAUCCGCAGUCGCUUUCCAAAGCACCGCUUAGUAAUAAGCAGAAUGGCAAAACAAAAAAUGUGCACUUUGUUGCAAAGUAACCCCUAUAUACCUUCAGUAUAGUGCUUUACUUAGUGGUUACUUGGUGCAGGAGCUUGAACCUAUGCUUGCUUUCUGUGUAAUCUGUGUAAUACUAACAUGUUGUAACUGUUGUACAGCAGUCUAAAUCAGUCAGUGGUGUACAGCCUUCAAAAGGUCAAAACUAUCAGAGAUUGAGCAGCUAGAAUAGACUUGUAAUAACAUAUAUAACACUUAAAUAGAACAGAAUAAUACACACUGCAUUUCAUUUAAAAUGUACAGUAAUAAUAUAGUCAGACUGAAGGCUCAUAAUGACCCUAAACACUACUAGGAUUCUAAAAACAGCUUUUAUGUAAACAGAACUCUGUUGCACUGCAGUCAUCUCUUAGUGUGCUCCUGAUGUCGAAAUAGGCAUAAAAUAAGCAUUUACUCUACUGUUGGACAGCUUUCAGCGUAAGUAAUCCAUAGUGAAGUUUAACACAGAUCAUUACAUUUAGCCAUCAAAUACAACCGUAGCCGUUACUAGUGGAGUUAUUGAUGUCGGAAUGUAUUUGUUUUCAAUCCUCUUACUUUACUUGAUGUUGCUUUUUAUCUUUUCUUUCGGUGCCUCAUGUUUUAAGACAUAAGUUCAGUUGAAGCAUCUUUGGCUGAAAAGAAGGAGGCGCAAAAAGUGGUGGUGUACUGCAGUAAUGUAAUUUGUUCCAGAUAUAUUUGUGCAAUGGUUUUACAUUUUUGGUUACAAGGGCUUUUCAUGUUUGAACAGCUUGAAUUGUAGUCUAUGAUAAUAAACUGUAUUUUGCAUAGAGCUGAGCUCUUUAUAUCAUUGAAGACGGUGUAAUGUUUGCUACGAAUGUAAAUGCAUAUUUUUCCAAAUUUUAUAUACCAUAGUUAUAUUUAUGAAAAGUGUUGUGGUUGAAUUAUGUUCAUCAUUGUCAUUAUUAUGUUUACAUUACCAUGCACAAAAAGAAAAAUAUUUAGUAAAAAGAGCUGAAUGUAACUUUAUGUCUUCUGAUGCUGUACCACUGGUCAUUCUGAGGGUUCGGUGAAAUUUCAACACAUCAUAGCUGUUAGACUGUAACAGCACUUGAAGUCUUUAGAACACUGUGUUUACAUUAGAGUGUCUUAUGUGUUUCUUGUGAUUUACCAUGUGCAAAUGAUUCAUGGGAACACCUCAUCAAUGUAAAUGAUGUGAUAUGUAUUCAGACUGCACCUCUCUACUUAAUAUUCAUGUAAAGUAUCAAAGCCAUAGAUGAGGGUCCAGAAGUGGCGAUGCUAUUAUUGAUGUGUACACUAUGUUGACACGCACGCGGAAAGAUUGUGAUACGUAUUUUCUCAAUGUUGAAUGCAAGUAUUUGUAAGGCAUAGAAAUAAAUGUUUUGCACA